AGCGCAUGCGUGGUCUUUCAGUGCGUCUGGUAAGAGCCGUAAACUAGUUUGACAUUUCGCUAAGAUUAGUGAAGUGAACAACAAACGUCUACGCUUAUGUUUUUACACGAGUCCGGUCGGAGGAAUGAACGAGAUUUUAGGCGUGGGUCUUAAAAUGGGAUUGUUUUUGCACGUUGUCGCUGUCAGCCCCUCCGACGCGACAUUAGACGAGAGCCUUCUGCACUGUGAGGGGCUGAACAACCAGAGCUACGUCUGCGAAUCAGGACACUGCUGUGGGGAGUCACAGUGCUGCAGUUACUACUAUGAACUCUGGUGGUUCUGGCUGGUGUGGGUCAUCAUCUUCAUCCUGAGCUGCUGCUGCGUGUGUCACCACCGGCGCACCAAGCACCGGCUGCAGCAGCAGCAGCGCCAGCACGAGAUCAACCUCAUCGCCUACCGCGAGGCGCACAACUACACCUCCCUUCCAUUCUACUUCAGGUUUCUUCCAAAUUCCCUCCUACCUGACUACGAGGAGGUGGUGAACCGCCCUCCCACCCCUCCCCCUCCCUACAGUGUCUUCCAUACAGUCAGCCCCCUGCCCACAGACCCACAGGACAGCCUGGGACUGGGACACUGCCCGACCAUCCAGACCACUCCGGUCCCCCCAGUAUCCAACACCCUCUGCUCCAGGCCGAGCCUGGAAGAGCCCCACUGCAUUGGGGCUCCCACCAUUGGCAACAACAGACACAAGGCAGACAAUAAGCCUCAGGAGCCCCAGGAUGGUGGACCAGGGCUUGAGCCCCAGGAUGGUGGACCAGGGCUAGGGCCUCAGGAUGGUGGAUUAGGGCUAGGGCCUCAGGAUGGUGGAUUAGGGCUAGGGCCUCAGGAUGGUGGACCAGGGCUAGGGCCCCAGGAGGCCUCUACAGAGGAGCCUAGAGGCCCAGAGAAGAGUUGCAAGGAGCCUCUGUUACUCGGGGACCUAGGGGGGCCCGAGAGCGGUGCCCAGGAGGACAAAGAUAAUAGGGGGGCCCUUGGGCGGCGGCGCCGAUUCACGGGGGACUCUGGUAUCGAGGUAUGCUUAUGUGAUCGUGGUGGUAGUACCAGUAUUGGAAGCCAGGAGGGCAAGGAGCUGAGGGAGAAGGAUAGCCUAAUGGGGGAGGAGGUUGAGGAGCAGGAAGGAGGAGACUUCUGUGACGGGUGCGGUCACCCCGCUCUGGGAGUAGAAGAGGAGCAGGCCCUAGCCCUGGAUGGACCCGAUAGUAGGUCGGAGUGCAGGUCGGCGACAGGGUCCACCUCCCCGCCACCACCCGCUAUGACGCAACCCACCCAGCCCCCGGUGUGCCUGCUCCUCCACACCAUCAACGAGCUUGAGGGGCCCCCUCACCAUGGCAACAGCACAGAGCCCCAGGGCUAAGCUAAAGCACAUCUUCACCAAGGAGGGAGAGCGAACCAGGAGCGGGAGUCAAGACUUUAGUGUGUGUGUGUGUGUGUGUGUGUGUGUGUGUGUGUGUGUGUGUGUGUGUGUGUGUGUGUGUGUGUGUGUGUGUGUGUGUGUGUGUGUGUGUGUGUGUGUGUGUGUGUGUGUGUGUGUGUGUGUGUGUGUGUGUGUGUCACGAGUAGGAAGUUGUAUUUUAUCCCAGAGUCUGGACUUAAAAGCCUGAUGUUGAUAGCUAAAGCCCAUUUGGCAUACUGUAAUGGUGGCCUUAACUGCAAUGUACAAGGAAACAGGAGGACAGGUUUGGCCUCUCACCAACCUGCCUACAGACUGCUAACAGCAUAAAUCUCCUCCUUUGUCUACCUUUACCAAGAGAAGGCGAUCGUGUAAAGACUUAUGCAAGCUGGAGGAGAUUGUCUGGUCAGUGGAUGCUGACCUGACGUUUGGUGCGACUGCAGUAUAGUGUAAGUACACACUGGUGCAACUCUAGCCUGGUCUCAGAUCAGUUUGUGCUGUCUUGCCAACUCCUAUGCUCAGUGUACCAAGCUAGUGAAAAUCAUCGCAGCUACUUCCUGUAUCUGUUCACAGGAAGUAACAUCCUGGACAAAUACACUGAAGCGGUACAGGAACAUUGUCAAGCAGUGCAGUGUGGAUCGUCAUGGCGACGAUGUGUGCUCAUGUAAUGAGAUAGUCUCCGUCGGUAUGAAAUAGAACGUGGAGGCCCUGCCUGCCUGUGGGGAAAACAACCCAUGGUUACUUUGGUUACCCCGUUGGCUCACAGCAAAAACUUCACCUUUUUCCAAAAGCUAUUUUCUUGCCUGCUUGUUUUAGUCAAUUACAAAAAUACAUUUAAGAAAAGUACAACGUGUGUAAAGAUUACUAUUCAACUUCGCCUGCUCCUGAGUGUUCUCACUACUUGUAAUGUUGUAGACGCUUGCCUCGUUUUCAUGACGGCACUAAAUGUUAACCGAGUGAGUGCAUGCUAGCACCAACCAGAACAGGACUCUCCAAGCCUGUUCCUGGAGAGCUAUCCUCAUGUAGGUUUUCACUCCCAACCCCAGUUGAAACUAAUCUGAUUUGGUUUAUAAACAGCUCAUUUUUUAGAAUCGGGUGUGCUAGAUUAGGGUUGGAGUGAACCUACAGGACGGUAUCUCUCCAGGAGCAGGGUUGGAGAGCCCUGAACCAGAACAUUAAGCUAGCCAACACAAACUGACUAGCUAUAAAGCUACAAGAAGUGAGUGGAGUUCUAAACUGACUGUACUCAACAAGAUACAUGUCUUACCUGUGAUAACAUAUUUUCCACACACGUAGCUAAAGUGUAGCCUACUUUGACACCGGGUCCCCAAAAUUUCUCACUCUUCCACACCGAAUAGCCUGAAGGGCUCUUCUCGGCAGGCUCUAUUUCCCUACGUGGGAGCAUCGCGAACCGUAGGUCAAGAUUUUUGACCUAGUUACAUUUUGUAUAACAAAAAGUGUACUACGAAGUUGGCUCUUUUACAGUCUCGGUCAAUGGGGGAAAGAACGUUUGUUUUCCCCAGUUGGUGGGCGUUGUCGAGGGCAAUUAAUUCUUAUGACAUGAAUACUGACUCGGAGUAAUACUGUACAGGAAGAGCCUGACACUAAACACUGUGUGAAUGUUACUGUUCCACAUAAGACCUUUAGCCUUAUGUUUUUUACUCUCCUACAACCCUGUUGUCACAGGGACCCAAGUGCAUUAACACAUUUUGUGUGACACAAUCAUUUUAUUUUGCACAUAAAUAUAUGUAACUCUAAUAAUGGAGACAAAGAAAUUAAUCAAACGCAAAAAAUCUAAUCCUGUCUUUUUUUCUCAGUGACUAUUUGUUUUGUAAAGGAUGGUUUUCUAAUGUGUCGUUGAGAUUAAUUCUACAUGGGUAAAAACACAACAGUAUGGGCCUCUAUCGGAGUCUAGGACGUGAUUGGUUCUUCUGAUUGAUUACAUGAUUUUAUUGUGUAUCUCUGAGAAACUGUCAUGUUUGCGAGAACCAAGCUAUCAUAAGUGCUUUAUAUAGGCCUAUUAUGCAUUUUGUAUAAACAAAUAGAAUAUCAUUGUGGUACAACAAAGGUCAACUAUUCUGCAUUUUGGACGGAUGUCUUUGUCAACUCGUAAUGAAAUUAUAAAGCUUUUGAUCGACAUAUUGGAAAAUUGCGUGUUAUUAUAUCAUACAACGCAUUAACGAACCAGACUAGCUACUUUUAAAUCUGUCAUAGCAAAAUGUCGGUCUACAAUCAUUCGUUUUUUAGUUAGUGAAUGAUUCAUUUCUAUUUUAUUUUAAUAAAUAACUUACUAUUGUUUUGCUGAGUAUAGAAUUGUUGUACUCUUGAAGCAUUCAAUCUCCUUCAAUCAAUCAAGAGUGUGAAGGUGAAGAUACAGGGAACUCAAUGCGCAGAUUAAAUGACCUAUUGAAUGAUGUGACAAUAUUGUAAUAAUGGACAUCAUGCCAAAGAUAUUAUGCUGUUUCCACACGGGAUGUAAGGUGGUUGUGCACAUUUUCUGUCUUUUGUUCGUAAGCUAUUUUAUUACAGCAGCGAAAUUGACACAUGUUCAAUAAAUGAAAACCAGAAACUUCUUGUCAUUUUGUG